UGCAUUUUAAAGCACGCACCUUACAACUUCCUUAAUUAAAAGCAAAGUGUGCUACAAAAACGCCCUAAUUAAAGUAAUUAUAAAAGUUUAUAUAUUUAUAUGCUUUAGAAUCGAUGUGCGUGUGUAAUAUAAGUCAAUAUCGCUCUGGCAAAAUGCUAUAUGUAUUGCAUUCAACGGUAGGGCGCCAUGAUAUUCCUAAUGAAAGUUACAUGUGUAAUUUUUUUAAGUACAAAAGUUAAGCAAACUUCUGGUUUGCCAGAAUAUGGUCUAAAGCCUAUAGACCCUUUAGCUAUCGCUAAAUUACAAAUUGAUGCCGGACAAGGAGUGCUGCAUUUUGCUCAAAAGUACAAAAACGCUCUGGUUUUUGGGCUUGCAAAUGUAACGAUCCGUGAUUCUAGCAUGGACUUUGCUCAGAACACUUUAACAUUCUCCGCAUUUUUUCCACUAGUAACAAUUAAGGCUAGUUACGAGGUAAACGGCAAAAUAUUAUUAUUACCAGUACAGGGCAAAGGAGAAUCUUCCAUAAUUUUAGAAAAUCUUCUCGCCAUUCACAACAUACAAUUCGAAGAGAUUACAAAAAACGGCAUAUACUUUGACCCGAAAACCUACUCAGUAAAGUUGUUCCCGGAACAUGUUCAAUACCAGUUCGAUAAUCUUUUCGAUGGUAACAAACUACUGGGCGACAAUAUAAACAAUGUUCUUAAUGAGGAAUGGCGGGCGGUCUUUGACGAUGUGGAAAAAAACUACGCCUUAGCAUUUGCAGAUAUUUUCCUGCAAUACGCCAAGCGCAUAUUUGAACACAUUGAAAAAAAUGCAUUAUUUUUAAUGUAAAAACAUUUAAUGCUACUUACCUACAUGUAUUUACAAAAGUUUGCAGUUUGAUUUUUAAUAGCCUGUAAGGAUUAAAUUGAACAUUUAGUAUACUGUUGAAAAAACGCAUUUGAACUUUUAUGGCUCACAUUGUGCUGUGAGCGACGUAGUAAAGAAUGUAAAAAGAUGUCCAAAAUCACUGUAAAAUACAGUUACAUUGUUUAUUGAUUAAUAAAUAAAAAAUUUAGUUUUAUAUAAUAA